CGCGGCUGCGGGCCGCCAUGGAGCCCAGCCUGGCCGCGGCGUGGCCACAAGAUCCCAGUUGGCGGCUACACCAUGCCCCUCAGCCCCUUCCGGCGCCUCCUCCUUGCCGCUUUGCUGCUGGUGAUCGUCUGGACCCUCUUUGGGCCUUCGGGCAUCGGGGAGGAGCUGCUGAGCCUCUCCCUGGCCUCCUGGCUCCCAGCCCCGGCCUCGCCCGGCCCGCCCCUGGCCCUGCCCCGCCUCUUGAUCCCCAACCGGGAGGCCUGCGGCGGUCCCGGAGCUCCCCCCUUCCUGCUAAUCCUGGUGUGCACAGCCCCGGAGAACCUGCAGCAGAGAAAUGCCAUCCGGGCCUCGUGGGGCGGUCUGCGUGAGGCCCGGGGGCUCAGGGUGCAGACGCUCUUCCUGCUGGGAGAACCCAAUUGGCCGCAACCGGCGUGGGGCUCCCACGGGCACGACCUGGCAUGGGAGUCCGCCACGCAGGGGGAUAUCCUACAGGCAGCCUUCCAGGACUCCUACCGAAACCUCACCCUCAAAACCCUCAGUGGGCUUAAUUGGGCUGACAAACACUGCCCCUUGGCCCGCUACAUCCUCAAAACAGACGAUGAUGUGUAUGUCAAUGUCCCGGAACUGGUAUCCGAACUGGUUCUGCGAGGGGGCCGUUGGGAGCAAUGGGAGAGGGUUGAGGAGUCCCAGAGGAGGGCUGCACAUGAAGACAAAACGUGGGAGGGCAGCCUGGCCCCGGGUGCCAAGGCCACACCUCUCCUGUACCUAGGCCGGGUGCACUGGAGGGUGAAUCCCUCUCGGCUGCCAGGGGGCCGCCACCACGUAUCAGAGAAGCAAUGGCCUCACACCUUGGGCCCCUUUCCGCCCUAUGCCUCAGGCACGGGGUACGUGCUGUCCGCUUCUGCCGUCCAGCUCAUUCUGAGGGUGGCCAGCCGGGCACCCCCUCUCCCGCUGGAGGACGUCUUUGUGGGGGUAAGUGCUCGACGAGGCGGCCUUGCCCCAACCCACUGUGUCAGGCUGGCUGGUGCUACCCACUACCCACUGGACCGCUGCUGCUAUGGCAAGUUCCUGCUGACCUCCCACAAGCUGGACCCCUGGGAGAUGCAGGAAGCCUGGAAGCUGGUGGGCGGCUCUGAUGGGGAAAGGAAUGCGCCCUUCUGCUCCUGGCUCCAGGGGGCCCUGGGCAUACUGCGGUGUCGGGUCAUGGCCUGGCUCCACAGCUGAGUGUAGCUGGGGCCGCGAAAGAGGAGAGAGCCGUGGUAGGGCCCGGGCCAGCCUAAGGCUGGGGCCCUCGCUGGCUGCGGCUGUUGUGUGUUCACAGUAGACCCUGGUCUGUCACCAAAGACGGGUGUAGGAGAUACCUAGGGCCCUGGCUGACCAGCCCCAAAGAUGGUGUUCAGUGAGAGAAAAAACCGCUGGAGCUGUUUCUCCCAGUCAGGGCAGGAGAGGGGCAUGAGCCCCUCAAUAAACUUGUCUCUCCACCUCUCCAAGUGCAGUGUGGUCUUCACCAGGACUCCUGGAACCCAGAGGCUGCCAGGCCUGCUGGAUGGAAAGGACAUCUGCAGGGACAGGGGAGAGGGGAGGGCCUCUCUGGGAAGGUCUCUAGAACGCAAGGCUAAGGGGGCCAGUGCUGUGGUGCAGCGGGUGAAGCUGCUGGCUGCAGUCCUGACAUCCCAUACGGGCGCUGUUCGAGUCCCGGCUGCUCCACUUACGAUCCAGCUCCUUGCUGAUACACCUGGAAAAGCAGCAAAGGUGGCCCGAGUGCUUGGGCCCCUGCAACCACAUGGAAGACCUGGCUUCUGGCUUCAGCCUGGUCCAGCCCUGGCUAUUGUGGCCACUGAGGAAUGACCCAGCAAAUGGGAGAUUUCUCUCUUGUUUUCUUUGUAACUCUGCCUUUCAAAUUAAAAAACAGACAAAAAAAAAAAAAAAAAAAAAAAAACUUUAAGGCCAUAGCAACCACAGGGGAUAGGGGAGAGAUGGAGGCAGGGCCCUGUGACCC